GGGGCUUGUGGGGAGAGGUGGUUGGGAUUCCCGAAGAUCCAAGGUUUCAUUUAGGAUUUGAUGCUCCAGAAACUCCAGGAUUGCGGCUUGCUCGGCUCCCCCGGGGAGACCAUCUCCGCGCACGUCCCCGUGACGAAGGCAGGAAAAGCAGACCUUCCUGACCAUUCGUUGGCGGGCGGAACCCUAGGGGCGGGGGCGGUGAAUGGGAAGAGCAGGGACGCCCCCAACGUCUGCGGACCCCAGCAGUUCCACCGCGACCCUCCUCCCUCCGGCUCGAGGAGGGAGGGCGGGGCGCCGUGCUCCUCCCCCUCCGCCCCCAUUGGCUCCCGCGCCUCGUAGCCCCGCCCCCGCAGCCCCGCCCCAUCCAAACGAUCUGCCCCCUGAGGACUCCUGCUAUUGAGUCAGGUCAAGAAGGAAGGAGGCCCCAUCCUUGCAGAAGCGGGAACUAGAGCCUCCUCAGAAUGACGAGCGUCCUCAGAAACACAGAGCCCCAGGAAGAGAAAGCCCGGAUGUCUCAGUCUCCCGAUUUCACCACGUCUUCCAAUUUCAAGGCCAAGACAGCUACCACGUCAGCUCCCCCGAUGGAACACGCUCCCCCGACCAAAAACACCUUGGAGCUGCCUGCCGAGGAGGAGCUGAUCAUGGAGGAACAGAGUCUAUACGGGCUUGACGAGGAGCUUGAGAAAACCCUGGAGGCCAUAUACAGAGAUGAGCCGAAGGACGAUUGCCUCACAAGCCGACCAUCCUGGGCCAACAAGGCUGAGUACCUUCUGGCCCAGGUGGGCUACUCUGUAGGGCUGAGCACCAUCUGGCGCUUCCCUUAUCUGUGUCUUCACAACGGAGGUGGGAGCUUCAUCAUCAUCUACAUGUUCAUGCUGGCCCUGGUCGGAGUCCCGCUCCUCGUGAUGGAGAUAGCGCUGGGCCAGAGGUUACACCAGGGCAGCAUUGGCGUGUGGAAGAACAUGACCCCCUGGUGCAGCGGCGUGGGGUACAGCAGCUUCAUGGUGUGCUUCGUCGUGGGCCUGUACUACAGCGUGCUCAUGGCUUGGAGUCUCUACUAUCUGGUCCAGUCUUUCCAGUCUCCACUGCCGUGGGCCAUGUGCCCCUUUCUGAACAACUCCAGCUCUUUCGGUGAGAAGGGAGAUCCCGAAUGUUCCCGGACAGCGUCCACCACGUACUUCUGGUACCGACACGUGCUGAGGACCACGGAUGAGAUUGAGCUGGGCGGGCUCCCGGCCAUGCACCUCUGCAUCUCUCUCCUGGUGACCUGGUUAAUUAUCUGCAUCUCUCUGGUCAGAGGGCUCAAGUCCACUGGGAAGAUGCUGUAUGUCUCCGUGCUCCUCCCCUACAUCAUCUUUGUCUGCGUCCUCAUCCGGAGCCUCAUGCUGAAGGGAGCGGACUUUGGAAUCAGGAGCCUGCUGGCCGCCCAGGUGCCAGCCCUGUACUCGGUGGACGUGUGGCGCCGGACGGGGAACCACCUCUUCCUGUCCAUGGGCUCGGGCUUCGGCUGCUUCACCGCCAUCAGCUCGUACAUCCCUCGCUCCAACAACUGCAUCAUGGACGCCUCGGCCGUGGCCCUCCUCAACCUGCUCAUCUCGGUGACGGCCACGGUGUUCGUGUUCGCCACGAUGGGCUACCUGGCCACGGUGAACAGCGAGAAGUGCUACGUGAAGAACGCGGAGAGGGUCAUGAACCUGGUCACCGCGGGGGUGCUGCCCCCGGAGCUGCGGCUCCCGGAGAGCCUGUUCCGGCACAUGAGCUACACCUACCCCAGGUGGUUCGGCAACCUCCCGGAGCCCGUCAGGGUCGUGGCCCAGCCCUACCUGUCCAACUGCGACUUAUCCGAGCAGCUGAAGGAGGUCAUGGAGGGGCCCGGCGUGGCCUUCGUGGCCUUCACCGAGAUCAUCGCCGUGUUUGCCGGGUCCACCUUCUGGGCCAUCAUCGUCUUCCUGUUCCUGGUGGCCACGGGGCUGAGCACCAUGCAGGGCAUCAUGCAGGGCAUCAUCACGCCGCUGCUGGACACCUUCGCCGUCACUAGGCGGCACUCCACGCUGCUCACAGUGGGCGUCUGCACCUCCAUGUCCCUGGGCAGCUUCUUCUUCGUGCAGCCCGCGGGCAGCUACUACGUGAACCUGCUGGACGACUACUGGGCGUCGCUGCCCCUGUUCGUCAUCCUCAUCGUGGAGAACGUGUCCAUGGCCUGGAUCUACGGGGCCCGGAGGUUCCACGCAGACCUGAUCAUCAUCCUGGGCCGCCCCAUCUCCUCCGUGUACCGCUGGCUCUGGAGCCUGGUGUCGCCCUUGCUGCUGCUGGUCCUGUUUGUCAUCAUCCUCAUCCACCUGUACCUGAGGCCCAUCACCUACAUGGCCUGGAACUCCAGCAUUUCCAACGAAGUGCUCCAGAGCUACCCGCCAUGGGGGAAGGCCUUGCUGGGGCUGCUCACCUCGCUCACCGUCCUGCCCAUCCCCGUCUGCGCCGCGUACAUCCUCCUGCACAAGAUGCCUCCGCCGCCGGCUGGCGCCAUGCAGCACCCGGACACCGACUUCUUUAAGGGCGACGCCAAGGAGGAGAACCAGAAGACCCGUCUGCGGCUGUCCCCCGGGCAGAUCAAGAGGAAGACGAGCAAAUUCCGGUAACGGGAGGCCGGCUGUCCGCUGCGGGCGAGCGUUCCUCCGAAAUAAAGACUUGGCUCAG